AUGCUGGUUACCUGUAUAUCAGAAGAUAAGAAUAGUGUGAAUAUCCAGUUCGAUCAGGAUAAGGCCAUUGAAGAAAUUUGUGUUGCUUGCAACAAUGUUCAAGCUACUGUUCGAUUCCUUACAUAUGAAGAAGUAUCACAUGGACUCACAGAAACGCUGGACUUCGUUUACAAUUCCGACGUUCUAAUUGUUGAUAUGAGUGACAAGACACAACAAGGACAUUUGAAUUAUCAAUUAGGAGUUAGAGAAAGUUUAAAACUGUUCGAUAAUAUAGUAAUCGUCAAUCUUUCGAGUCAUAUUUUGCUUGAUGACCUACGCAGUAUUUUAAGUAGCAAAACGAAACUUCUUCCAUAUGUUAUUAACGAAAAUGGAUUUGCUGUCUUAGUGGAAGAUAAGUUCCUACAGAAUGCCCUCAUUGAUAAUGACAUACUCAAAAAUCAAAUAUGCGGCGAUCUUGGGCGUUUGUCUGAAGAGCUAGAGGAAAUACUUUCAGAAAUGUGCAGUGGUGACCGGGCUCCACUAAAAGAUAAAUUCAUUGAGGAUCUUCGAAGGGAUCGCGAUUUGUACAAAGGGCAAGAACUCAGAGAGCGUCUUCGAGUAAUGCGCCGUAGAUUGGAUUAUCCAGGGAUGCUUUCAUCGGAUGUUAUUCUUAAUCUGUUACUAUCAUACAGACAGUGCGAGGAUUUCGAUGCUAUGGUUACUUUAAUAGAAGAGAUAAGGGCUUUAAAAUUAAAUCAAGAUAUUUUGAAUGUGUGCAUGAUCCAGUAUCUAUAUGCUUUUGCUUUGCAUAGACGAAAUAAAAAUGGUGAUCGAGAUGCUGCAUUAGCUGUAACUGAAGAAAUCUUGAAAACAUGUGGAAAACCUUCUGCCGAUAUGUACGGUCUGUUUGGUCGUAUUCAAAAAGAUCGUUUUAUGGAUUCUCAUGGUGAAGAUAAAGAAGCUCUAGAUUUAGCUAUUCAAGGCUACCGAGAAGGCCUGAAGAUUGAUGCAAAUGAAUAUUUAUUAGUAAAUGUUGCCACACUUUUAGUAAUUAAAGGAAUGGAUCUGGAAACAAGUGCAGAGAUGCGUAAAAUUUGUAAUACACUGAAUUUGCGUGUUGGCCAAAAAGGAAAUAUCUCCACAAUCAAUGACUAUUGGGAUGUUGCCACAUUAUUUGAGGUACGCGUAAUAAGUGAAGACUAUGCUGGUGCUGUUCAAGCUGUGGAACGAAUGUAUCUUUUAGAUCCACCUGACUGGGAAUUGGAAUCUACAUUGGGUAACAUAAAAAUGAUCUGCAAAUUUCGUAAACCACCAGAAGAGAACAAAAUUGCGAAACCACAAAAAUUAUUUGACUUUUGGAUGGAGUUUCUAUCUACUGUGUGUGAUACUGAUGAGAGCGAUUCAUUUUUAAUUUCAUCGGAUGAAACAGAAUAUGACUCAUUCAUUAGACCAUAUGAAAGUUAUACCAAACGAAUAGUAUAUCCAGUCUUAGUAACUGAACAAAAUUGUACCGUUAUGAAACCAGCUAAUAUUCAAGUGAAUAUAAAUGCUGUUCCAAGAAAUCUCCGCGUUAUCUUCUACGAUCUAGACUAUGCAAUAUCUACAACCGUGCAAUCAGUCGAUUUACAAAAUUGUGGAACUAUGCGUCAACAUUUUCCACGUUUCAAUGAACAUAGUCAAGAAGAAGAUUUAAUAUUUAAUGCCGAAGAUAUUAUUGGUAUAAGCAUGACAGAAAAUAAUAGUCGCAGUGUUUAUUUAUACACUACCUGUUCUUUACCAAACUACCGCAUAUCAUUUUCCUGUGAAAAAGUUAAAAUGCAGUUUUAUACGGUCUUACGUGAUUGUCUUUUUUCAGAAGAGGAAAAUUCUGGUUUAUUACUAGACGAACAUUCUUCUGAACCAUUUAAAUGGACAUAUGAUUUGAAUGAUCGUAAUGAACGUGAAAUUCUAGGUAGAGGGAGUUUCGGCGUGGUUUAUACAGGUUGGGACCUCACAAAGCAAAUUAAAAUGGCUAUCAAAGAAAUUGAUGCAGUGAAUAUAAGGGAAUUUCAACCGCUACAUGAUGAAAUUCGAUUACAUUCAAGACUUCAUCAUAAAAACAUUGUACAGUACUUUGGAUCUGUGGAUCAUGAAGGAGUGUUUAUGAUAUUUAUGGAACUGGUUCCUGGCGCGUCAUUAACAUCACUUGUCUCAAAAUAUGGUGCUUUGAAAGAGGAAACAGUGGCAAAUUAUUCAAAACAAAUAUUGGAAGGUCUACAGUAUUUACAUGCAAAUCGAAUUAUUCAUAGAGAUAUUAAAGGAGAUAAUAUUCUCGUUAAUAUGUAUAAAGGUGAACUGAAAAUAACAGAUUUUGGAGCAUCAAAAAGACUAGCAGGUUUGAUUCCACGAGCUCAAACAUUUAAAGGUACUAUGCGCUACAUGGCACCAGAACUUAUCAGGGGUUGUUGUGGAUUUCCAGCUGAUAUAUGGAGUUUUGGAUGUACUGUUGUAGAAAUGUUGACAGGAAAACAGCCGUUCAGUGAGCUUGGGAAUGCAAUGACUGCUCUAUAUCGAGUUGGUAUGGAUUUGCAACACCCCAAGAUCCCUGAUGGAGUUUCAGUAGCUUGCAAAAACUUCAUACUGAAAACAUUUAUCAUAGAACCAUCCAAUCGUGCUAGCGCUAAUGAACUGUUAUCAGAUCAAUUUAUCCUAAGUUUUACAAAAUUAAGACGACGUAAACCAGUGGGACUAACACACUCUUCAGAUAGGUUCCGGCCGUCAAAUAAAUUCUAUCAACCUAACUGUAAAUCAUCUGAAGCAGUUCUAAGAUCUUUGUCAAAUAUAUCAAAUCAGUCAACUUCUCCAGUGAUUAUAUCUGGUUCGGGCUCAUGGGGAAGUAAAAGUAAUCGUUUGCUAAAUGUAAUUCACAACAGUAAUUCAAUUUUGUCAGAAAGUGAAAAAUCUGACAAUGAUGCCUCUUCCGUAUUUUCAAAUGAAUCCUUUCAUCAGUUUAACUUAAAAAACCAAAUUAUAGAUCAAGCAGAGAAUAGAAAUACUGAUGGAGAGAAACAUUCCACAGAAUCAGUAAAUCAUAUUUCAAUUUUACCUGUCAAAGUAGAAAAACUGAAAAUACCAGGUGUAUAUAUAACAAAGGAUGAAAAACGCAAAGCUCCUGUAAACAGUGCUAGUUUUGGGAAUUCAGAAGAUCCAUUCAAUUUUAUUAAACAGGACUCUGAAGCAAAACGACGUUUGUCAAAUGCAUUAAUCUCCGAGAAACAGUCAAUUGUUGAUGCAUGGAUAGACAUAGUUUGUCGGUGUACACAAUCAAAUGUUUCAAACAAAACCAAAGAUGAACUUAUAUCGGAUUUAGGUAAACGAGUAAACAACUCUGAAACUAAUCGAGAAUCGAACAAUGGAGUUGAGAAAAAACUAUUAGAGUGUCUUUUAGAUAUGAUAACUGAUAGUUUACACGGUGGAAUUUGUUGGUCUCAACUUGUUAACUACCUUAAAAUUCCAGCAAAUAAAUGUACAACUGAAGGAUUGACUGACUCCAUCAACGGCAUAUCGGGCGAUACGAAUAAAUUAGCAGUGUUGUCAAGUUUGAAACGUUAUUCAGUGGCUGGCGAAGAUUUAGGAGGACGAUUUUUAAAAUUGCUACAUUCUUCAAAGAUAUCUGAACAGAAUAAUGCAUGUCUUCCAGUGGGAACGCCAUUAGUUUGCAAUUAUUUGCGAGUAGCUUUGGCAGCACUUCCAAGUGUUAUUGCUGCACCUUUGCUCCGUCAAGUGAAUCGUCCACAUGAAGUAUUAGCAUGGGAAAAAUUAAUCAAAGAUGCUAUCACUUCAGCAACCAAUCAAAUUAGCAAUUUAGCCCCAAUAAGUACAGUUCACUUACGUCGUCAUCAAACAUACUCAGCACAGCACAAUCGUAGACUAGUUAAACAAGUCACUACGGAAGCUGAUCUUGACUCGCCAACAUAUAUCCGUCAGUCGACUCCUUCGAAUAGACCAUUUACCAUGGUCUCUAUGUCACCUAGCCUCUAUUAUACACCAAAUGAUUCAAUUGUGGAUGAAACAAAGAAGGUUACAAACAGUUUAUCUUUAUCACAGAAAUCAUUAACCUUUUCAAACGAAGCAAUUCCUGAAGAACCAAUGGAAAUUAUCCAGUGCGCACGGAAAUUUGCAGGUGUUCAAUCAAGUGCUCCUUUGUGUCAUGUUAAAUCAAGGACUAGCAAAACACUAGAUGAAUUGGUAAAUCACGAGAAUUCUGCUAAUGGUCUAGUAGACAAUUCAAUGUACAAUAUCCUCGGACAUAAAUAUUUGAAAACUGGAUUCAGUACACUAGACGAUUGGUUUAAAGACCUCCGGAUACCUGAUGAAGACCGUGCCAAACUUCGUCGAAAUCACAUUGUUGAUGAAGAAGACUUCUUAGAUGCUAUAACGAAAGAAGACUUAUGGAAAAUGAAUUUAAGUGGUGGGACAGUGCUUCGCCUUUGGAGAAACAUACAGAAAAUCCGUUCAAUGGAAUAA